CCAGCUAAACAUGCAAUGCUGAUAUUUUUCGUUAUGUGUAGAAUUUUGUUUGAAAACAAUUUUCUAACUUGCUGAUUCAUUCGGUUUUAUGCGAGAAUUUACAUCAUGAUGUCUUUCUAUAGUUGCUUGAAGGCUAGUUGCUUCAAGUUCCAGAAGUUCAACUCAAAUUUUAUCCGGUUCUAUUCUACACCAAAGGCAAAGAAAUCUCCUAUAAGUUUUGCAUUGGAUCAUUUUGAUCAGUUCUAUGGUUCCUUUUUCCCCAACUGGACUUCUAUCAGACUGGGCCUGUUGUGUCCCCACAGUUACUGUGCAGUGGUCAACUCAUUCGCUAAAAACGUUCAGCCAUCGGAGCUGUUUGGUGAUAUGGAUGUUUACAACCUGAAAGACGCGUAUCACUUAGGAUUAGCAGAGUCCACUUUGGAGCCCACCGAGAACAAUGCUGAGAAUGUAAAUGAGAGCAACACCACAAAGACUGAUCCAAGAGAAGCAAAGAAAGAGGCGAUGGAAAAUCAAGAAUCUGAUUUCCAUUUUGAUCAUUUCAACAAUGAAUUUUCCACUGUUUUGGAAAAUGAAGACAAAGAGUACAUGCCAGCAACCAAGUUUCGAAACAGGGAUCUUGACUUCGAAGAAGAUUACACCGGGUUUUACCAACCGAACAUGAAUUAUAAAGCACAAUUAGUCAAACAUGGUGCAAUCCAUUAUCCAGAGCACUGGAACAUAUAUUAUUGUCCUAGAGGAAAAUUUAAAAAGUUUCCUCAACCUUUAUUAGAUUCAACAAAUUUAUUGAAUUAUUAUUUAAUGGAUGGAGCCUCUGUAUUGCCAGUGCUAGCUCUAGAUGUCCAGAAGGAUGAAGAAGUGGGUGAUUUGUGUGCAUCCCCUGGUGGAAAAUCUUUAGCAAUUUUAUUUGGGCUGAAAUUUGGCAAAUUAGUAUGUAAUGAUGCAAGUUUAUCUCGUGUAAAUAAAUUGAAAAUUGUAUUAAAUACUUAUUUACCUGGAACUCAAGAAUGGAGUAAAAAAAUCUUAGUUUCAAAUUUAGAUGUGGUUGAGUGGAAUUGUUUUGAAGCCUUUGAUAAGAUUCUACUUGACGUGCCUUGUACAAAUGAUCGAUUAUCUGUGACAAAAGAUGCAAACAAUAUUUUCGUUCAGAAAAGGUACCAUGAAAGAAUGAUGAUACCUCAGCUUCAAACUUCCAUGUUAAUAGCUGCGCUGAAAGCCUUGAAGCCUGGUGGAUCUUUAGUCUACUCAACAUGCUCGUUAUCUCCCGUUCAAAAUGAUGGAGUUGUGCAUAUGGCUCUAUCAAAUCUGUAUAGUGAAUCACCUUUCGAGUUUAUUAUUCAAGAUUUGAGUGAAGCUUUCUCCCCACUUAGAAAACUAUUUCAAUUCAGUGAUGUUUGCAAAUAUGGACAGCUUGUUGUGCCUUUCUUACCGCUAAAUUAUGGCCCAAUGUAUAUAGCAAAAAUUAAGCGUAAUAAAUAAUUUAC